AAUAAAAGGCACUUGAGUUAUUUAUUUUGAGGAAACACACAGGUAGCUUGUCCUGUUUGCUUAUGGCUGGAAAUUAGGCUCCAGAGGAAAAAUUCAGAUUUUACCAGAGGUAAAACAUUCGACCUGUAAAAUGGUUCAGCUGACAGCUACUCCUCUGAGUGCACUUGCUGAUGAGCCCGUGCAUAUCCGAGUUACAGGCCUGAGUCCUUUCAAGGUGGUGAGCCUUCAGGCAUCACUGAGCGAUGAAAAGGGGAAUCUGUUUUGUUCUCAGGCCUACUAUAAGGCCAAUGAAGCUGGUGAGGUAGAUUUGGAGCGUGACGCUGCACUUGGAGGCGACUACGCGGGAGUCCACCCCAUGGGACUCUUCUGGUCCUUGAAACCUGAAAAGCUGUUAACAAGACUGAUAAAAAAAGAUGUGAUGAAUAGCCCAUUCCAGGUCCAAUUAAAAGUCUGUGAACCACUUCCUCCAUUAAGACAUGAAUUGUCCAUUGAUCCAAUUGCCAGUGUGACCUUGGAAAGGUGGUAUGUGGCACCUGGUGUCACACGGAUUCAGGUGAAGGAAGGCCGCCUCCGGGGAGCCCUCUUUAUUCCUCCAGGAGAGGGCCGUUUCCCAGGGGUAAUUGAUUUGUACGGCAAUACUGGUGGACUCGUUGAAUUCAGGGCCAGUCUUCUGGCCAGUCAUGGCUUUGCCUCCUUAGCUUUGGCUUUUUUGGCUUAUGAAGACCUGCCUGCCUAUCUGGAGAAAGUAGAUUUAGACUAUUUUGAGGAAGCUGCUAACUUUCUCCUGGGACAUCCUAAGGUCUGUGGUCCGGGCCUUGGGAUAGUCUCCUUAUGUAAAGGAGCAGAGAUUGGACUGUCUCUGGCUAUUCAUCUAAAACAAAUCACAGCCACAGUGCUUAUCAAUGGGCCUAACUUCGUUAUUUCAGUUCCACAAGUAUACCAUGGUCAGAUCAGGCAGCCUGCACCCUUCUCUAUAGAGCAUACAUCCACCAAUGCCUUGGGAUUUGCAGAGUUUUAUAGGAGUUAUGAGGGAAUCGGAGCUGAGAUGAGUCAGCAUAUUCUUCCUAUUGAAAAAGCCAAGGGACAUUUUCUCUUCAUUGUGGGAGAAGAAGAUAAGAAUAUCAAUGCCAAAGUAUAUUAUGCACAUGCCACUGAACAGCUGAGGAGAAAUGGGAAGAACAACUGGACGCUGCUAUCUUACCCUGGGGCUGGCCACAUGAUAGAACCUCCCUAUUCUCCACUGUGCCUUGCUUCCAGGAUCUCUCUCUUGUUGACACCCAUUCACUGGGGAGGAGAAGUUAUCCCACAUGCAGCAGCACAAGAACAUGCUUGGCAGGAGAUCCUGAAAUUUUUUGGGAAGCAUCUUAUUUCAGAGGUGACCAGUCAACUGUGAGAAGACUGGACAUUGUUGGGAAGUAGAGAAGCAAAUCUGUGUCCUGCAUCUUCUUUUGAUUUUCAUGGAAAAAUGAGCGUUCUGUUACUGUAAAAAGGAAGUCAUUGUAAGAAAAUAGCAGCAUGGGUGAAAAUCCAAAUGUCUUGAUUUUUGAAAAGGAACAAUGGCUUCCAUUUAAUGAAAUGUGCACCAAGAAUCCUAUAAUAUAGAAA